CCGCAGCGCCCGAGCGACGUGACCGGCGGCAAAAUGGCGACGCCCGCGAAACGCCGAGCGAAGAGCCCUGAGGAGGAAGCGGAAGGCGGGAGCAGCAGCAGCAGCGACCGCCCGCGCCGCUGGAGGCGAAGAACGGCCCUGGUCCCGGCCCCGUUGGUCCCGCUGGAGGCGGAGCUGCCCUUCGUGGAGGGCUCCAUUCUCAAGAUCUACAUGGAGAACUUCCUUACCUACGAUUCCUGUGUGGUGCUUCCAGGACCCCAUCUAAACAUGAUAGUUGGAGCUAACGGAACAGGUAAAUCAAGUAUCGUAUGUGCCUUAUGCCUGGGAUUGGCCGGAAAACCUUCCUUCAUAGGACGAGCAGACAAGGUUGCUCACUAUGUGAAGCGGGGUACUAACAAAGCAGUUAUUGAAAUUGAGGUGUUUAAGAAACCAUCCAACCUUGUUAUCACACGGGAAAUGUCUGUAUCAAACAACCAGUCUGCUUGGUUUAUUAAUAAAAAACCGUCCACUCUCAAAAUGGUAGAAGAUCAAAUUGCAGCCUUAAAUAUCCAAGUAGGCAAUCUGUGCCAGUUUCUUCCACAGGACAAAGUUGGAGAAUUUGCAAAAUUAUCCAAGGUUGAACUACUUGAAGCCACAGAGAAAUCGGUUGGACCUCCAGAAAUGUACAAAUAUCACUGUGAUCUGAAAAACUUUAGACAGCGGGAGCGAGAACUAGAGAAUUCAUGUAAAGAGAAACACAGCAACCUAGAGAAAAUGAAGCAAACAAAUGAAAGGUAUAAACAAGAUGUGGAGCGAUACCAUGAACAUAAGCGCCAUCUGGAUUUAAUUGCAAUGCUUGAGAGAAAAAGGCCCUGGGUGGUAUAUGAAGAUGUCCGCAAGCAAUAUGAACAGGUGAAACAAAACAGAAAUCGUCAAAAGGAGGAAUUAAAUGCACUAAGAAAAUCACAAUCUCCCAUGACACAUCAGAUCCAAGAGGCUGAGAAGCAGUGUGCAAGUCUGAAUAAGAAAAUCCAAGAGAAAGUUGCAGCUAUCAGAGAAACAUCUCAGAAAUGUAAACAGCAUCAAGAUGCUUUGGAGUCAAAAGAUAAACAAAUUGAGAGAAUUACGCAGGCAAUGAGGAUGAAGGAGGAGGUAGAAAUGGACCGACAGAAGAGAAUACAAAACACUCGUAAGAUGAUAGAAGACUGGAAUAAUGAGCUAAGAAAUACAGACAAUUCUGAGAAUAUUCAACCUCAGAUGGAUUCAAUUAAUGCUGAGCUUAAACAUUUGCAGGAAGAGAAAGUAAAUAUUGAUGGUGAAUUAAAUCAGCUGACAGGAGAAAAGGAGAACUUGCUAAAGGACAAAGACGGAGUAGUGAGUGGCAUUGUGAAGUUUGACAAUAUGAUGAAGAUGAAGGAAGAGAAGCUCAAAAAGAGAUUUCAAGACACACACAUUGCUCUUACGUGGCUAAGAGGAAACAGAAACCGGUUCGAAAAAGAAGUCUGUGAUCCCAUGAUGCUUGCAAUCAAUAUGAAAGAUCACAAGUAUGCUAAAUAUGUAGAAAAUCACAUUUCAGCCAACGACUUGAGGGCCUUUGUCUUUGAAAGCCAAGAAGAUAUGGAAAUCUUUCUAAGAGAGGUGCGUGAUGGUCAGAGGCUGAGAGUGAAUGCUGUGUGUGCACCAAGUGAAUCUUGUGCUGAAAGCAGACCUUUGAAACCAGUUGAAGAACUGUUCCGGUAUGGAGUUUUCUCUUACUUGAGAGAGUUGUUCGAUGCUCCCCACCCUGUGAUGAAUUACCUGUGUGAUAAAUAUCGCAUUCAUGAGGUCCCUGUCGGCACAGAGAAAACCAGAAAUAUGAUCGAACGGGUCAUAAAGGAAACCAAACUGAGAAGCAUCUACACAGCAGAAGAAAGAUAUGUGGUAAAAUUGUCUUCUUACACAAAUCAGACCAUUACCAGUAAUACAUCACUGAAGCCGGCGCAGUUCCUUACUGUCACAGUGGAUGCAGACGAAAGAAGGCAGUUAGAAAAUCAAGAGAAGGAAAUUACAAGGCAGCUGAAGUUAUUGGAUUGUAAAAUGGCUUCCUUCUCUGAACAACAAAAAUGUAUGGAACACAAAGAUAAUGACCUCAGACAACAGAAAAAGUUGCUAUUGGAUAGAAAAAACAAAAGGAAGCAAUUGGAAUCAAAAAUUAGUAUGAAAAGCGACAGUUUGAGACAAAUGGAACAAGAUGCCGUCAACCUGGAAGAAGUGUCUGAGCAAGCGAAUAUUGCAGUAAAACAAAUUAACACUGAGAAAGUAAAACUCGUCACAGAAUUUAUGCAACUAAUAAAGAGUUGUGUGACCUUGAACAAACAGAGAACAGAUUUGGUUCUACAGAACAUGAAAGCAGCUUUCCACAAGAGCAGACUUGAGGCUGAAUAUAAAGCCUGCGCUGUCCAGCUCCGAGCUGCAGAGCAGCAGCUUUUGGAGCUGGAUGAAAGGAGACGUACGCUCUUGGAGAACUGUAAAGGUUUAAUGAGGAAAGCUAUGCAAGCUUGCAACCUUUGUCCAGAUCAAAGUAUUCCAGAACAUUUCAGCAAGGCAUUCCUUUCUCUUCCAAACACACUGGAUGAAAUUGACGCUUUGCUGAAUGAGGAGAAAUCCAGAGCUUCCUGUUUCACAGGCCUCAGCGCUUCAGUUGUUGAGGAAUGUAACAAAAGGACAGAAGAAAUAGCGCAGAUGACAGUGGAGCUGGAGGAGAAGAAAAAAGAGUUGGAUGACUAUAGGCAGAAUAUUUCACAGGCUAAGGAAAAGUGGCUAAACCCUUUGAAACAGCUAGUUGAGCAAAUUAAUGAAAAGUUCAGUGGCUUUUUUAGUUCCAUGCAGUGUGCCGGGGAAGUCGACCUACAUACAGAAAACGAGGAGGAAUAUGACAAAUACGGGAUUCGGAUUAGAGUCAAGUUUCGCAGUAGCACCCAACUUCAUGAACUGACUCCACACCAUCAGAGUGGAGGGGAGAGAAGUGUUUCGACGAUGCUGUACCUGAUGGCUUUGCAGGAACUCAACAGAUGCCCCUUCAGAGUGGUGGAUGAAAUAAAUCAGGGAAUGGAUCCAGUUAAUGAAAGGAGAGUCUUUGAUGUGGUGGUUGAAACGGCUUGCAAAGCGAGCACUUCUCAGUACUUCCUUAUUACACCAAAGCUCUUGCAGAACCUCACUUAUGCACAGAAGAUGUCAGUGCUGUUGGUCUACAAUGGAUCUUCUAUGCUGGAAUCGAACAAGUUCAGCCUGAAGUGCUUCCAUAGGAGACGGCUGCGAUUUCUAUAAAGAUCUUCCAGGUGCCUUUUGAAACUUGAUCAAAAUUAGUCGGAAAAGUCCAAAUAGCUUUUAUUUAUUUAUUUACUUAAAUGCACAAGAGACUUACAUUUAAUUUGAGUAUAGUGUAUGCUUCCUUCUACCUUGCAGGUCAUUGUCCUCUGCAAGCACUUUAUGGCCGCCUUUCAGUCUCCUUUGGAGGUGAAUUUGUGAGGGAAACACCCACGUAGUCUUUUACAGCUUUGUAGCUUUGCUGUAUUUAAAUUCUUUUUAUAUGUCUUUUAAAUGUUCAGACAUAGCUCUGGCAGUUUUGGGUGAACUGGUAAAUAUUUCACCAAAUUUGUUCAGCAGGAAAAUAUAACUUGUUUUCACUGCCCAUGGUUUUGAGCUAAAAGAGACUAUCCAAGCUUUUUAAAGAUGUGAUAUAUGGAAUUAAUGCAAGAUGCUCAACUAUAAAAGUACCUCACAGUUGCUGCUAAGGUACUGUCUUAAUUUAGUUGUGCUCUGGGAGAGGAUGAGAGGUUUCUUUGUCUAAUCAGAAACUAUUUGUUUAAUUGGUGGUUCUCAUUUUGUACAGUGAACUAUACUUACAAGAUGGGGUAUGCUUAAAUUUUAACCCUGUAUACUUUUUUAUGUGAAAAAAAUAAUCUUCUGG